AUGACUUUCCAGUUUCAGGACCAACUAAAGAAACUACCAAUCCCAGACUUGGACAAGACAUGCGAGACCUACUUAAAAGUCUUGAGACCAUUACAAACUGAACAAGAACGCAAAAACACUGAGGCGGCUGUUAGGGCGUUUUAUUCAGAGGAUGGUAUAGGAAGGUACUUGGAUGAUUGUUUGCGCAAAUAUGCAGCGGAUAAGCCUAGUUAUAUUGAACAGUUUUGGUAUGAUGCUUAUUUGAACUAUGACUCACCAGUGGUUCUUAAUCUCAAUCCGUUCUUUUUAUUGGAAGACGAUCCUUUUACUCAAUAUGUAUCAAGUUCGAUUGAUCCUCAGAUUAAAAGAGCCACCAAGCUUACAUUGUCUUCAUUAAAAUUUAUUCAAGCACUCAAGAAUGAAACGUUGAGCGUUGAUGUUUUGAAAAACGGUAAGCCAUUGUGUAUGUAUCAGUUCACAAAAUUAUUUGGAUCCUCUAGGAUUCCCACAGAUGAAGGGUGCAUGAUGCAAUCAGACCCUACUUCGAACCACAUUGUUGUUAUGUCCAAAUCUCAGCUUUACUGGUUUGAUGUUUUGGACUCAAAAAAUAAUUUGAUUUUGACCGACGCAGAGUUGGAUAUAAACUUUCACUCAAUAGUUUUUGACUCCUUGCGUACAUCAAAUAACGACAUCGCCAAAUCUUCGUUUGGUGUUUUGACAACUGAGAACAGAAGAAUCUGGGCUAACGUUCGUAACAAUAUUAUUGCUGAAAAUACAAUCAAUAAAGAAGUGUUGUCCAUUGUCGACUCAGCACUAUUCAUCUUAUGUCUUGAUGAUAUCGAGAUUGAUGACUUAUCUCAACUAUCCAAAAAUAUGCUUUGUGGUUUAUCCAUUUUGGACAAGGGUAUACAAGUUGGAACUUGUACAAACAGAUGGUAUGACAAAUUGCAAAUUAUCGUUACCAAGAACGGUAAGGCCGGUAUCAAUUUUGAACACACAGGCGUUGAUGGUCACACUGUUCUUCGUUUUGUCUCUGACAUUUACACUGAUUCAAUCUUGUCCUUUGCGCAAUCUAUUGAUAGUCAUGCGCCAACAUUAUGGAAAAACAAUACCAAGUCGUCGUCACAAGAAACUGAAGAAUACGAGGAAGAUUUGAUCACAAUUCCAAGAAAAUUGGAGUGGGACUUGACUCCAGAUUUGUCACUUGCCUUGCGAUUUGCUGAAACAAGAUUAUCAGACUUGAUCAACCAAAACGAAAUUCGUCAUUUGGAAUUUAGAUCAUAUGGGUCGACUCAGAUCAAAAAGAUGAAACUUAGUCCAGAUGCAUUUGUGCAAAUGGCUUUCCAGGCAACUUACUAUGCAUUGUAUGGUAAAGUGGAAUGUACGUAUGAACCAGCAAUGACCAAGCAUUUCUUUCAUGGUAGAACAGAGGCAAUACGUACUGUGUCAUUAGAAUCAAAUAUGUUUGUUCGUAAAUUCUUUGACCAAACUGUUUCAAAUGAAGAUAAGUUGGGAUAUCUCAAUCAAGCAUGCAAAUCACACUCAAAUCAAACUAGAAUGUGUUCAAAUGGAGAAGGCGUUGAUCGUCAUUUGUAUGCCUUGUUUUGCUUAUGGAAAAGAUUAAUGAGUCUCCAUGAAAUAAACGGUACUGCCAAGAGUAGUAGUAAUAACAACGAGUUCAACUUUGAGAUACCCGAUUCCAUUGAAGAUUUGCCUUCAAUUUUCGCCGAUCCAGGGUGGGACAGAAUCAAUAACACAAUCAUAUCCACCUCGAACUGUGGAAACCCAGCGUUGCGUCUUUUUGGAUUUGGACCGGUAUGUCCAAAUGGGUUUGGUAUUGGCUACAUCAUUAAAGAUGAUUCCAUUUCAUUUUGUGUCGGGUCAAAGCACAGACAAACUCAAAGAUUUUUGGUCACUUUGAACUCGUAUCUCCAGGAAAUUUUUGAAAUAUGGAACCAAGUCGAAUUGCAAAGGAAAACAAAGUUGAGUUUUCAAACACCACCAGUUAAAUUUGAAAAGAGCAGUAAGAAUUUGACUACUUUGCUUGGUGGAUACGGCUACUUUGAUGUUGGUGAAGAGGAUAUCAAGAGUAGAGGACAAUCACCUGAACCACCACUUUUGAAUCGUGGAAUCUCAGGCUUCAGCCUACGUGACAUUGAUAAGAAAUUGAGACUUAGUGAAUACUGA